ACCAUGCCUUCGUCCUCGUCCUCGGAUACUGACAAGGAGGGUGUACUGUCGACGACAUUCUCCAGGGCUCCCGCCCCCGUCCACGCUCAUAGACCCCGGGGCCAUGAGAUACAAAUUCAGUAUCGUACCCUCUCCCUCCACGUCGACUCCUAUGUGGAUGGGAAGCAGAAGCCCGUGGAGGCAAAGACGGCCGAUCCCGCCACCGCUCUGAGGCAGAUCGAUGUUCACGGGCUCUCCGUGGACGAGGUCUACACCCGCUUCUCGACGUCUCCCAGCCUUGGUCUGGAGAAGGAUGCCAUCGAGCGUCGCUCUAAAGCCGGCAAGAACGUCAUCUCCUCCCCGCCGACGCAGUACUGGAAGAAGGGCCUCAACUACGUCUUUGGUGGCUUCAACUUCUUGAUGUGGAUUGCUUUCAUCGUCACCGUCCUAUCGUAUGAGCCGCUCGGUGGCUCCGAUCCUGCCGUAUUCAACCUCGGUGUUGCCGUUCUAUUGCUCCUAGUCAUCAUCAUUUCUUCGACCUUUUACGCUCUGGUCGACUGGCAUGCAUCCCGCAUCAUGAACUCGAUCAAGACGCUUAUCGCGGAGGAUGCUUCCGUCAUCCGCAACGGUGAACACCAGACAAUACCCGCCAGAGACCUUGUCGUUGGUGACGUCGUGACGCUCGCGAUGGGCGAUCGUGUCCCUGCGGACCUUCGCCUCGUCCAGAUCUCCAACGAUGUGCGGUUCGACCGCUCAUUACUCACUGGCGAGAGUGAUAUGAUCGCUGGAACCCUCGACAUGACCUCCAACAACGCCCUCGAGACGCGCAACCUCGCGCUCACCUCCACCUUCGUCGUUCAGGGCAGCUGCACCGGUGUCGUGUUCGCGGUCGGCGACAAGACCGUGAUGGGCCGCAUCGUCGCGAUGUCGGGCAAGACGAAGAUGGAGCUCACGACGGUCCAGCGCGAGAUCUGGUACUUCACGAAGAUCAUCUCGACGCUGGCGCUCGGCCUCUUCUGCGUCGCGCUCAUCGUGUGGGCGGCCUGGCUGCGGAAGAGCUUCCCGGGGUUCGAGACCGCGAGCCAGGCGAUCGUGAACUCGAUCGGUUGCUUGACGGCGUUCGUCCCUCAGGGCCUCCCGGUCUGUGUUGCGCUUUCAUUGACUAUUGUCGCCAAGCGCAUGGCGAAGCGGAACGUCCUGGUGAAGAACCUCGCGACUAUCGAGACGCUCGGGUGCAUGUCCGUGUUGUGCUCUGACAAGACCGGUACACUCACCAUGGGCAAGAUGUCCGUCCAAAACGUCGCUUUCGUCGAUGCCGAACUCGGUGUACAGGGAAUCAAGGAGCGGCUUUCUGUGGAAGGCACCCCUUCGUCCGCACCCAAGGCUAUCCUCAUGGUCGCUCGCCUCUGCAACGGUGCAAAGUUCGACUCCGCCACCGCCCACCUCCCCAUCGAGGAGCGCCAAGUGAAGGGUGACGCGACCGACACCGCCGUGCUCCGCUUCGCCGAGACUCUUUCCGCAACGAGCGAGCCCGCCCUGCCCGACAACUACGUGAAGUUCUUCGAGAUUCCCUUCAACUCGAAGAACAAGUGGAUGCUCACUGCCAUCCGGCCUCGCCCAACGCCCGACACGAAGGCCGACCACUCGACCUGGAUGCUCGUCAAGGGCGCUCCGGAUGUCCUCUCACGCAAGUGCACCGAGGUCAUGCAGGCCGACGGCACAGUCGUUCCCCUCACCCAGGCACUCCGCACCGAGAUCUUCGGCAUCCAGGAGCGCUGGAGCAGCGAGGGCCAGCGCGUCCUCGCGCUUUGCCGCCGGUCGCUUGACGCGCUCGCAAUCGAGCCGGGCAUGUCUGCGAACGACCUGGAGGAGCUUAUGAACACUCAGAUGCGCGGGCUCACGCUCGUCGGUCUGGUCGGCAUCCGCGACCCUCCCAGGCCGGACGUGCCGGGCGCGGUCGCGACCAUCCGCCGUGCAGGUGUUCGGGUCUUCAUGGUCACGGGCGACUUCAAGCUCACGGCCGUGGCUAUCGCUCGUCAGGUCGGCAUCAUCACUCAGGAAAAAGUAGACACGCUUCAGGACCUGCGUGCGUCCGCGUCCACGAAGCGAUUCCAGACGCUCAAGGCCUCGGAAAUGAAGCCUCUGGAGGAAGAGGGCGAGCGCGCGCUCGUCCUCACCGGCGACGACAUCGAGUCCCUCCAGGACGCCGAUUGGAACUCGGUCGUGGGCAGCUACACGGAAAUCGUCUUCGCUCGCACAACGCCGGAGCAGAAGCUGCGCAUCGUGGAGAACACGAAGGCCAGGGGUGAUAACACCGUCGCUGUCACCGGCGAUGGCGUGAACGAUGCCCCGGCACUGAAGGCUGCUGACAUCGGAGUCGCAAUGGGUGCCGGUAGCGACGUUGCGAAAGAAGCAGCGUCGAUGAUCCUGCUCAAUAACGAUUUCACGUCGAUUGUGGUAGCCAUUGAGAUGGGACGUCUUGUCUUCGACAACCUGAAGAAGGUCAUCACCUACCUCAUGCCGGCCGGCUCGUAUACCGAGUUCGUUGCCGUAUUCUGCAAUACGUUCCUCGGCAUGCAGCUCGCUCUCAGCUCUUACCUGCAAGUCUGCUUCUGUAUCACCAAUGACGUCGUCAUGUCAAUAUCUUUGAUGUACGAGAAGCCGGAAGCAGAUCUUAUGCUUCGCAAACCGCGUAACGCGCGCACCGACCGGUUGACCGAUUGGCGCUUUUUCGUUCAGGUGUACCUGUUCAUCGGCCUCAUGAUGUGGCCCUGCGCGAUGGGCAUGUGGUUCCUAUACAUGAAGGAACAGGGGCUCGGCUUCUACGACGUCAUCCUGGUCUACAACAAAUGGACCGAGGGCUUCCACGGGUACACUCUCGAUCAACUCACGGACUUCGUCAGUGUCGGCCAAUGCAUCUAUUACGUGACCCUCGUCUUCAUGCAGUACGGCGGCCUCUUGGCAGUGCGCAACCGCCGGGUCUCGAUCCUUCAAUCAAAUCCCUUGUGGGGCCCACGCCGCAACCUGGUCGUCCCCGUCGGGAUGGUCGCCACCGCGAUCAUAGCGGUGAUCAACAUAUACGGACCUGGGCUUCAGAGGGUGUUCGACACCACCCCUGUCCCGGGUAUGUUCUGGGGCAUUCCGUUCGCGUUUGCGGUGGGUAUCUUGGCCAUGGACGAGGGCAGGAAGCUGCUCGUGAGAACGUAUCCGAACUCCCUUGUCGCGAAGGCCGCCUGGUAGACGUAACAUCCCGAACUUAUCGCUCUCGCACUGUGAACCAUUGCAUGACCUGUACUAUAUACCACGCGCUAUGAACAUGUUAUCAAAUCAA